AUGCCACAUUCUACAAACCCAGAUCCGGAGGCCCCGGACGAUACGGACUUUGAAAAUGUAAUGCGACAACUGAAUAACUAUGAGGCUGGUCCACAACUUGACUUUUUGUCGCGCGACCUAGAAGUCGGUGAAAAGGCGGACGACGCUAUCGAUUUUGAAGAUUUCGACGACGACGAGCUUCCUGAAGAAGAACAAGCAGAAUCCGCGACGCGUCUUCCUCCCACUGAUGCCGCUCUAGACUCCUUCGCAGACCUCGAAACCGACGAUGCAGCUCUGUUCGGAGCCGGAGACGACAUAUUUGGGGAUGGAGAUGGUGGAGCCCAGGGCCAGGACGACAAUCUCGAUGAUCUCUUUGGGGAGGGUCCCGUCUCUCCUCCCCAGGAGGGUCAGGGCGACCGCAUUCAGGAUCUUUUCGAGGAUGAAGAAUCGGCCUCGGCCAUCCAGCCGGUUGAGCUCCCGCCUUUCCCGCCAGUGCCCGAGCCCCAAUCCCAGGCAAUGUCCGUGGUGGAUGAAAAUGAAUUCCUUGAUGAUGCCAGUAUCAUAUCGGAGGAGAUGGACCCCUCGACCCUUCGGGCUUGGAAACUUCAGCAGGCCUUGUUUGCCAUGUCCGGGACUGGACCAGACCACCCGCCAGCACCACCGGAGAACAACGAGGAACUUCUCCACUCCCUAUUCCCCAGCUUUGAUCGCGAUACACUACCACGAUGGCUAGAAUUGAUCCCUCACAAGAAGGCCUAUUUCCGAGGAAAACAGCCAUUGAAGAUUCCCAAGCCAGUCCUUCCCACCAAGGUUAACAUCGAGUUGGCCCCAGACCAAGAGCGAGUGUUUCGAACCGGCCAGCCCAAUAAACGGGGCCUUGAUCAAGAGUCUUUGGGCAUUGUGUUUAUCGAGUCCGCUCAGGAUGAAGAACAGGAAAACAAGGAAGAUUUCGACUUGGGCGAGGGAGAAGCAGAUGAAACAUUACCAGGUGGCUUUACUAUGCAUGACCUUCGAACCAUGUGCGCGGAUUGGGAUAUACAGGAUGAAUACUUGUCGGAGCCCGAGAAGCAGCGCGCUGAGCCCGAUGCUGAUCUAUUUGACGAGGAGGAUGAUUGGCUUGCCGAUGCAAAUCAUCCGGCCAAGAAACGCAAAACCGGUCCGACUCCCAUGGAUGUCAUUGCUUUAGCGCAUCUCGAUAUUCCGCUAUUGGAUGAUCCCGAGCAAGCAACUGAGCGGAUUGCGAAGAAGGUCACAAUUGAUAUGAAUGAUCCUAACAUUCUUGUUGAGGAGCUACAAUCAGACUCCGUUGUCCAUAAACCCAAACACACCGUUCCGCGUACCAGAGACGAAGUUGACUCCAACUUGACCCGUCGCCUCACUCAGCGCUACAACAUCUCGAACGACCAAGCAUAUGACAUGCUCAAGCAAAACCACCAGAAUAAGAUUCGGAGCACGCUUGGCAAUGUCACUCUUGAGCACGCGAUGCCAGCCUUGCGCCUGCAGUGGCCGUACUACAAGACUGAAUUGGGUAAAGCUGAGGCUAGAUCUUUCCACCGACCCGCCAUGGUCUUCCGUACUGGCCAAACCUCCUGGUUCAAGAACCCUCUACAUAUAAAACGCAAGCAACAAAAGGGGAAGGAUGCCAAAGCCCUAUACUCUUCAACAAGCCAACUUUCCAUGGCAGACAACUCCCAUGUUUUGCUUGUAGAAUAUGCCGAAGAAGUUCCAAUGUCGCUUUCUAACUUUGGCAUGUGCAAUCGGUUCAUAAAUUAUUAUCGGAGGAAGAAUCCGGAUGAUCCCACUCGCCCUAGGGCCGAGAUUGGUGAGACAACCGUCUUGCUACCUCAAGACAAGAGUCCAUUCUCCAUUUUCGGGCAUGUGGAUCCCGGUGAUAUUGUUCCUGCAAUUUCGAAUUCAAUGUACAGGGCACCACUUUUCCCGCACUCGGCCAAGUCCAAUGACUUCUUGGUGGUCCGCAGCACCACACAGUCCAAGGGUAGUACCUACUAUUUGCGCAAUAUCGAGAAUUUCUAUGUUGCUGGACAGCAAUUCCCAUCCGUUGAUAUCCCCGGCCCACAUUCCCGCAAGGUUACGACUGUUGCGAAGAAUCGCAUGAAGAUGCUUGUGUACCGACUGCUCAAGAAGAGCCCCGAUGAGCGAUUGGCCAUUAGUGACGUGACAGCCCACAUCCCCGGCACGACAGAUAUGCAAAAUCGACAGAAGGUCAAGGAUUUCCUCCAGCACGACAAGGACACCAAAUAUUGGAAGCCUUUGGAUCCCACUCUCCCAGACCAAGAUACCAUUCGAGCCUGGGUUCAACCAGAAGAUGUUUGUUUACUCGAAUCAAUGCAAGUUGGCCAGCAACACCUGAACGACACCGGUUUUGGCGGCGAGGCUGAGAACGCAAAUGAGAAUGACGACGACGAAGAAAGUGAGAGCUUUGAGCAACAGAUGGCUCCCUGGAAAGCAAGUCGCAACUUUUUGUUGGCGUCCCAGGGCAAGGCCAUGCUCAAGCUCCACGGAGAAGGUGACCCUACGGGUCGUGGAGAGGGUUUCAGUUUCAUAAAGACAUCCAUGAAGGGUGGCUUCAAGGCCAUCGGAGAAAGUGUGGAGGACAAAUUGGACGCACAGCGACUCAAGGAGCUCGGUGGCCACAGUUACAACGUCGCACGUCAACAAAGAUCGUACGAGACAUCGAUUCGUCGUAUCUGGGAUGCUCAGAAAGCCAGUCUUUCAUCAACAGUGGAGCAUUCAGACCAAGAAAGUGACGUUGACCAAGGCGAAGAAGAAGAAUUCAAUAAGCCAACACCCCGUUCCGAAGCCCCAACUCCGGCUCCAGUCCGCCGCGAUGACGAAACAACCUCUCAAUUCAGUCGCAUGAGUUUCAACAGCCAAAAGGGCAAGGUUCUCCGCAUCACCCGCCAAUUCAAGGAAUCGAACGGUGAGAUCGUGCAGAAGGAGCAGCUAGUCUGGGACCCACGAGUUAUCCGCCACUACAUCCAACACCGUCACCGCACCGAGGCCCUAACUACAAAAUUGGAUUCCCUCCAGCCAACCGGUGACCCUGAAGUCGAUGCCCGCAACCGCAAACUCAUCGAGGCCGAACUGAGCCGUCUGAACCGUAACAAGGAACGUCGCUUCGCUCGUGAGAAGCAGAAGGGUAUUUCUCGUGCGGGUGACUCUCCCGCUGAUGGUAAACCGACUGGUACCCAGCGCAAGUGUGCCAACUGUGGCCAAGUUGGACAUAUCAAGACAAACAAGAAGCUUUGUCCUCUGCUUAAUGGUACCAUGAAGCCUGAAGACAGGAUUACGGACUCGGCUUUCUCGAUGAGUGCGCCUGUGCUUUAA